AUGGAGGGUCUUUGGGUACCACCUUCCAAAUGCACCUUAAGUGGUUCUUGGUUCAUAUUUGUUCCAUCUCUUCUUCACGACCCACACCGGGUGUUGACAAACACUUUGGACACCUUCCGCGGACACCUUCCAGCUCCGCUCCGGAGGUGUCCUCGCCGCACAGCGUGGGCGAGUCGUUCUUCUCCGCCACGGCGGGCGCGGAAGCCUCUGUGGCUGAUGCACUUCUGGCGAUGGCCUUCGGCGACCUGCUCCCGGAAGCGGUUGAGGAGAUCGCUGAAUUGGUCGACGCUGGCGACCCGUCAGGAGUCUGAGUCCUCAGCCUUGUUGGGUGCACGCGCUGCCAUUGCACAUGCCAUUGAGCAUGCGGCAACUGUCUUAGCGGAGCAGGACGCGAAGAGCGAAAGCUCUGCGGUGAUCGGCGCACGGGCGGCGAUCGCCCUGGCGAUCCAGAAAGCGGCUGAGACGUUGAGAGAGGCACAGGAGUUGCAAGAGGCGCAGGAGGUGGAGGACCAACCGCAUGAAGAAGACCCAGCAGCUCAGAGGAAAAUUGAGCCUUUUGAGGUUCUGCAGGGUGAAGAGAUUCAACCAGAAGUUCAACCAGUUCAGCCAGAAGUUCAGCCAGAAGUUCAGCCAGAAGUUCAACCAGUUCAGCCAGAAGUUCAGCCAGAAGUUCAGCCAGAAUUUCAGCCAGAAGUUCAGCCAGAAGUUCAGCCAGAAGUUCAGCCAGAGUUGCCACCGGAGGUGCCUGAGGUACAGCCUGAGGUGCCCGAGGUACAGGUGCGGCAUGAGGUCGAGAUCGAGGUGGAGUCUGAGGACGAGCAAACCGAGGCCGAAGUGCGGCUUCCUGUGAAGCGUACGCCUUUCACGAAUUCCCUGGCGACGCGGAGCGAAGUGCGGAACUUCGCAGAGUCCUUGACCGCAGCGAUCUUCAGGGCCUCGAAGUUGGCCAAGAGUCGCGAAGGUGCAAAGACUGGAUUGCAGUGA